GCUGCCUGCCGCGGAUGCCGCCCCCUUCCAGGUGGGACAGUCAACAUGCAUAGUUUUUCCACACCCUGAUGCACACCGGAAGACAGUCACUACUUGGAGACGAAAACUACAAGUUUCGCAAUGCACAAAUUGACGAGCCAGUUGUAUCGUUCAGAGUGAACUUCUAAACAAUUCAACUGGCGUCGACUUGUUUUGUAAUUUGUACUAAGCACGGUAUUGGUAAAGUAUUUGUAGCACGCAGUACGCUAUACUGACCUGUUUUUAAAAAUAUCGUCUUUAGGCACCACUGUGGGAUGAAUAAUUUGUUGCACUGUUAAAUUUUUUCUAUGUGGCACAGUAUCCAUGCAGCUGUUAAUCAUGUAUCGUUGUUGUAGCACUGUGACUAAAUGGAAUGUCUUGGCACCGAGGUACUACUGUGGCACCGUUACUGUGAGUUGCAGAUCCCGGCGCACCACCUUCACGCCGCUGCUCAGUCUGUGGCAUGUUGUGUGCAGUUCUGUGGUACUCCUACUACUACUCAGUCAUUUGCACCGCUACUCCCGUGCCCAACACCACACGCCCAUCCAUACCCCACACCACACUCACAAGCUGUCGAACACAUCCACAUCACCACAAACGCCAUGGCCCACCACACCAAUAUUUAUAACACCAUGCAUUGUAGGCCAUCAUUUGAUAUCACUCGUUAAAUAAAUCACGAUUACUCCUACUUCUCAUCGUCAUACCACACCAUAACAACACUCGUCACACCACUCCCACACCACGACCACCGUCACACCGCGUCACACCUAAAUACUUGACACCGUUCACUGUAGCUCAUCACACAUCACACAAUGAACAUCCUAUAAAUCAUCAUCACUCUUUGGAGAACCUUUACUAUUACUAUGAUACUUCUACCGUAAUCUCCCACACUACAAAUCACGAACCUCUUUUUUUUUUUUUUUUAAUCCACAACAUUAUAUACUCAACACUUGCUGAAGACCCUAUAACAUUACACGUAAUAUAUAUACCAAGAAACAAGAAACACAAUAUCACAUUAUAAAAAGAGUACAUUACACACACACACACACACACACACACACACACACACACACACACACACACACACACACACACACACACACACACACACACACACACACACACACACACACACACACACACACACACACACACAAACACACACACACACACCUAACAACACAGAAAGAACCAUCGCAAUCUGUAACAGCAAAUGCACUGAUACAUGUUGAGCAUUACUUACAUGAACUGACAUUGCACACUUCCAAUUUAGGGUAUAUAUAUUCUCUUAAACUGUUGUUACCAAAACCUAACAGCCGUCAAACACCAUUGUAUCAGUUGCCAGAAUCACACUACAACAUAAACACAAACACUAGGUUGUGUAGGUUAAGAGUGAAGCUACACAUCAUUCACACGUAAUACCAUUUAAAAUCAUGUCAUCAUCACUACUGUUCUUCUCACACACAAAUAUUACCUCUAGAUAUAACAAUGAAUCAUAAGGACACAAAAAUACGGACAUCAUUCAUGAAACUAUACCAUUGCCAUCAUCAUGCCAUACAUCACUACUACCACAAACACCACCACCAAAACAACCACCAACAUAACCACAACCACCACCACCACCACCACCAUCGCCGCCCCAGGGCCAAGUCUGAGGCCCAACUCCCUCAGGGUGGAGUGGCAGGGCUCGGGACCAUGGGGAAGGGUGCCGGGCGAGGCAGGGGAAGAGGAAGAGGACGCAGCAAGUCCAGCGGAGGCCGUCCGAGAAACAACGACGAGGGCGGAGGAGGAGAGGACUCGGCGCGCACCCUCAAGGGCAAAAUGGUGAACAGGUUUGUGGUGACGGAGCUGCGGCAGAAGCGGAAGCUGAUGGGCCACCUGGGAGCGCCUGGCCGGGAGGAGAUCUACUGCGACAAGGACCGCGCCGCCGCCGUGGCCAUGGGGGAUCAAGACAUCAAGACCUCCCUCAAGGUAAAGCGCAAAAAAGAAAGACGCUUAGUGCAGCCUGAGGACACUAACUUCUCGGCCCACCUGACGGAGGCACAACGGGCCAUCACGCUGGGCAAGGUGGAGACGGCCCUCUCGUGUGCCCAGAAGGCGGUGGACAGCGGCGGCGACCCGGCUUCCUUGGUGGUGCGGGGCCGCUGCCAUCUGCUGCUGGGCCAUCUGCAGGAGGCCCUUGAGGAUGCCAGGGCAGCCCUGACUCAGGAUCCGUCCUUGGUGAAGGCCGUGUUGGUGCAGGCGGAGGCGCUGUACGGCAUGGGCGAGUUCGAGCGGUCGCUGGUGCUGUUCCACCGAGGGGCGCGCAAGCGGCCGGACCUGACUGCCUUCACGCGCGGGAUUCACAAGGCAAGGGAGGCUGUGGUGAAUGCCAUCGGAGGUGACAAGUUUCCCGAGCCGGAGGAAGUCAUGACAGGGACGAGCCUGAGCGAUAGCACCACAGGGUCAGGGCACUCGCAGACCACCAGCGUGACCCCCGCACCGGCCUCCUCCACCAUCAAUGGUCCCAAAACUUCCAAAGCAGCCUCUAAGCGGCUUCUGGGAGGGCUGAGCCGCGACAAGGAGUUUCUGGCGUCUCUCGUGAACCACCGGGGGCUGCAGAAGGAGCUAACCACCGUGAGCGUGGGUGCCGGGGUGACCUCCGGCUCCCAGGUGGCUGCAGUAGCUAAAGAGGCGCUCACAUCCCUGCAGCACCUCGAGUCAUUCAUGUGGCAGCGGGAUCCUGGCGGUGCUGGAUCGACUUCGGCCACAUCUUCAGCGGCGGAAAAGACGGCGCUGCAAGAAAGGGAGAAGAAGGCCCGAGCGAGGCUGAAAGCGACGCUGCGACGGAGAGUGAACGGGGUACUGCAAAAGCUACAGCAGGAGGGAGGUGAGGAAAAGAAAGACGUGGCGGGCCCUAUGCGCGAGGCUGAGGAGCUACUGGUGGAGGUGAGGGACGCGGGCAUCGGUGGCUGGCUUCUGUGUCGCCUCCUGGUGGGGGUAGGCGUGGCGCUGCCCAGGGUGGGACGUAACGAGGACGCUGUGGCUGUGCUCACCGACGCCGUUCACAUCGCACGUGCCAACGAGUACGGCGAGGAGGAGCAUGUGGCCGUGGAAGCACUGGGCAGGUCACUGGCAGAGCGCGGGCAGCACGCCGAGGCAGUGGCCGUGUGGGAGCGACGCAUCCCCGCCGCGGCCAACGCUCGCCAGAGGGCAUCACUGUUCCUGCUCAUCGCUAAGUCCUACUUCGCGAUGCGCAAGGUGGAGACGGGCAGGUUCUACGGAACCAAGAGUGUGAAGGAAGCUGACGACGGCCACGACAACCGCACGGCGCUGUCCGCCCUGCUGGCCCUGGUGGACGCUGACGCUCGUCAGGACAACCUGGAAGCCGCUCUCAAGACCCUGGAGAAGUGCGACGCCCACCUGACCGAAGCACCCCCUGACCUGCUGGAUGAAUACUCGGCCAUUAAAGACCGGCUAUCCAACUGCAGGGAAGAGACGCCCUCCCUGGUGGACGGACUGCGGCGGGAGGGCGGCGUAGGGGCGUGAUGGUUCCUAUAGUGGUGUGUUGACGUGAACAGUAUAAUGAUAUAAAACACCUGAAAAAAACUUACUGUAGAAAAUGAGUUAUGAAAUUAGUCUGGGAUGGGUAAGAAAAAGGUUGAAGCAAGAUAUCAGAAAAAUAUUAAGAUGGAAGUUGAAUAAAGUAGAGUUCUAAUGCGUAAUACAAGUGAUAACAGCGAUAACACGAAGAGUGUAAAACACGGAGUAAAAAAAAAUGUUUCGAAGAGUCAUGUCCUGCGGGAACACAAACGCAUCAACAAUCCUUUGACGCAAUACGGAAGACAUGAAACAAAUAUAAAUGGCAAAGCACUAAACACAAUGAGAGGAAAAAAAUCAACGAGAAUUAUAAAACUGAAACGAAGAGUUAAAUAAAGGCGUCAUAAUCCUGGAGACAAACCAGACAAUACAUAUAAAAAGAAAAGGAUAAAGGGGGAGGGAGGUGACGAGGAGUGCUGGUGAGAGGGUAAGCUUAGGGGGUAGUGGGGAGGGGGGGAGACAAGGCCCUAGGACGUGACAGGAAUAUAACAUGCCACCCACUUGAGGUUUAACUGGAACUCGUCUACAACGCAACCGACGUCACACACACACACACACACACACACACACACACACACACACACACACACACACAUCUUUCCUUUAGUGCGUAUGUGUGCGUGCGUGCGUGCGUGUGAGUGUGUAUGCGAAGAAGUGUUUUGAAGUGAACUAUACUUUGUGUGUGUGUGUGUGUGUGUGUGUGUGUGUGUGUGUGUGUGUGUGUGUGUGUGUGUGUGUGCAUAGAGGCGUUUUGAGGGGAACUUACCUAAGCUUCCCUCGCCCCAUACACACAAACCCCAACUCAUCCCCAAUACUCUCCCUUCAUCCCCUCUCCCCCACAACACUCCCACAGGUCCCGGACUUUCACCUGGCACUGUACGGGAGUCUCAAGGAGGAGCGGACUAGGGUUACGGACAAGCUCGUCUUCCUCGUAGCUUCUCAGUCUAAUUAUUUUCCCGCUAUCGCCUGUAACCAGUACUGAUUACCCGCCGCCCACCUACGAACUGCACCUGUUUCAUGUCUUUAAUGGCAUCUCAGCCUGUUGUUGUUGUUGUUGUUAUUGAUGUUGCAUGUAUCUGUAGGCAAGAUUAUUCUUUUCGUUUGUAAAAACAAGUGUUAAUAGCACAAAAAACUGUGCUAGAUCGGCGUCGCAUGACCCUCCAACCCCCACCCCCCCAACAAUUUAUAUUAUGCAACUAGGGGUCUAAAAUGGAAAAUGCUGAAAAGUAAAGAUGGCGCCGACCAUCAGGCACUACUAUGAAGGCUUACCAGCGCCACAGGCCACCAUUCACCCCACCUCUACCCCCAGCUGACUUUGUUUAUAAUUCCAUUUUGUAGGGUCCAUUAGGGCUAACAAAUGUUAUUAUACAAUGUCAUGUCUAGAACGCUUGGGUAAGCCAGGAAAACAACUUGAAGAGAACAUCAAGAAGAUGGACCAUCUGUUGAUCGGCGUCUGCGACGCCGAUAAAAAAGUAAAUAGGGUGGUGAAACUGACGUAAGGAAAGUGAUUCAACUACACUUCACUUCCUUUGUAUCGUUAAGAGUAUUGUUUGAUGGAAAGAUGCAUGUAAUUUUCGAUAUUUUAUGUCAAUUCUUAUAUAGGUAGAGGUAAUGAGUGUGAGGAUGAAAGGGUAAAGGCAAUGUUGGGAGCAUAUGCUAUAGCUGUAUGUGUGUGCGUGCUCAAAGGGACGGUAAAUAAAGAAUACUUCAUGUGGUAAGUAACAAUAUCUUAGCUUAUUGUUGCGUGUCAUCUUGUGCUUUUACUUGUAAGGAGAGGGACAAAAAGAAGUAACAAUGACGUUAAGAAGGCCAUAAAUAUUUCACAUCCUGUCAUGGUAGUAAUAUUAUUUGUGUGCUCGUGAAAGACGCGUGUUCCUAAUAAGCUGUGAAAUGGAGCAGACUAUGACGGUGAGAGAAAUGAGGGAAGGCCAUUGUGACUGAUUACAUGACUUACAAACAUAUAUGUAGUGCACUUCUUGGUCAUGAGUGGGAGGUUUGUAACUGUGUGAUGUCCAAAAAGUGAAAUGUUCAGGAAGUGAGUGCGCAAGACUUAUUGACUGAAACACACACACACACACACACACACACACACACACACACACACACACACACACACACACACACACACACACACACACACACACACACACGCCAGACACUCAGCGUCUUUUAACAUUAUCAUGAAUGUGUUGGACGUGUUUCAGGGAGAACAAACGGAACAGUAAACAUAACGUUCCUCCAGGAAGUAACGUGACACUUAUGAGGACUUUUGAAAGAAAUGACAGUCUACGCUUCCUGCUAUACUCACCUGUUGCGUUUUAUGUGUACCUACUUCUGUUUCUUGGUUUGAAAGAUGCCAAAUAUAUAUUUUUUUCCACAAGGAAUGGAAAGAAUGAGGCAAUAAAAUGACGUCUAGGAAUAAAGGAAACACUGACUGAACAAUGAACAAGUUUUACAAUAAAUACAUUGUUUAUACAUACUUUACAAUACACACGUCUUUCCGUGUUCAGUGUUUAUUUUCCCUCAUAAAAACGUAAAUUUUCCUUCAUAAAAAAUGCUAAAAGACAGGAAAAUAAUGUCGACAGAGUACCAAAAUACUACAGCAACUCAUUACAGAAGACGAAAAAACCCACUUUUCUUGUUAUUCUCCUUGUUUUGUUUGAGCUACACACUUGUUGCUGGAGCGGGAAACGUGAGGGAGAAAAAUACAUC